CUCUAUCAUAGGUUGUGUUUACCGGCAACGCGUUAUGAAGGAAACAACAAAGACCAUCUGAAAAAUGUUGGGAAACAACUCAAAGUUAACUUCAGAAAGCGAUGAAACUUGCAUUUUCUGUUUGAUAGCAAACGGUCAAGACAAAGAAACACAAGUCAUCAAAAAGAACAAUGAGCUGGUGUGUUUUAGAGACAUUUACCCUGCUGCUCCUCACCACUACCUGGUUGUACCCAUUCAGCACAUCCACAACUGCUUCUCGCUACACAGGGGAAACGUUGAUCUCGUUAAGAGGAUGGCUGAAAUGGGGAAAGCUGUGCUACAAGACCAAGGGAUCACUAAUAUGGAGGAUAUAAGCCUCGGCUUCCACCAACCUCCCUUUACUUCCGUCGGUCAUCUCCACCUCCAUGUGCUCGCUCCUCGCAGCCAAAUAUACCAACACUUGAUGUAUAAGUUUAUUCCAAAGACGGACAAUUUUGUUACGGAAGAAAGUCUCCGGAAUCGUAUUAAGGAUAAAGCUUCCAUAGUAAAGGGAGAGUGGAGUGGACUGUAUAAACUAUCAAGACCAUCCAUCUUCUCCCGCUUAUCCGUGGUCGGGUCGCGGAGGUAGCAGUUCCAGCAGAGAGCCCCAAACGUUCCUU